AUGACUUCAGAAAAACCUCCAACGCCCACGAAUGAUGAUCUACCGUCGAUUAAACCUGAAGAACUUCCUGCGAAUGGCCACCUCUCACAGAUCCCUGGACUGUCCCCUUCACUCAAAGCCCUCAGUCAUGAUAGACAUGGGGGGAGGAGAGUUGGAGUUUUAGCUAGUGAUUCUGAAUAUGUUAAACUGGCUAAACAAGGAGGGUACAAAGGGCUCUUGUGUCAUGAAGAAUCUAACACUACUUAUAGUCCUCGUUUAUACAAGGCUCCAGACUGGUUUUGCCCAAUUGGUGAAAGCAGUGGUAACUCAAGUCUCAUUACCAGCGAACACAAGAGGAGCCCUAGAGCUUUCCAGCGCAGAGAGCCACCCUUUGGGAGUGAUAAUAUGUCUACUUGGGAGAGGGAUGAUGGUAACGCCAGCACAGAGAACAUCCCUUCUGACGGUGAGAUGGAGAAACUGCCAAGUCAUCAAGAUGAACGCAGCAAAUUCAGGAAGACAGUUUUUGACAAGAAGCCAGCCCCUGUGAACAUGUCCACACUACUGAGUUUUGGAUACAUGGGGGACUCCAAACCAACUGCCUGA